AUGUUACCAGCUCAGGAAGCUGCCAAAAUAUAUCACACAAAUUAUGUGAGGAAUGCGAGAGCAGUCGGUGUGCUGUGGACGAUUUUCACCAUAUGCUUUGCCAUCAUCACUGUGGUGGUCUUCAUUCAACCUUACUGGAUUGGGGACAGUGUCAACACCCCUCAGGCUGGCUACUUUGGCCUUUUCCAUUACUGCAUUGGAAAUGCAUUGACCUCCGAACUCACCUGCAAGGGUAGCGCUUUGGACUUCGGUUCCAUCCCCUCAGGAGCAUUCAAAACUGCCAUGUUCUUCGUAGGGAUUUCCAUGCUACUGGUUGUCGGCAGUAUCGUUUGUUUCAGUCUGUUCUUCUUCUGUAACGCCGGCAGUGUCUACAAGAUUUGUGCCUGGAUGCAGCUCGCCUCUUCGACCUGCAUGGUCAUAGGCUGCAUGAUCUAUCCAGAUGGCUGGGAUUCUGAUGAGGUGAAACGCAUGUGUGGCCAGAGGACAGAUAAGUACACCCUGGGUAACUGCACUGUGCGCUGGGCUUACAUCCUGGCCAUUAUAAGCAUCCUGGACUCUCUCAUUCUCUCCUUCCUGGCCUUUGUGCUGGGAAACCGACAGGACAAACUGCUGCCAGAGGAUUUUCAGGUGGAGGAGAAAGAUGAGGCUUGA